AUGGGCGGGCGGGCGCGCCGCUCGCUGUUGGCGGCGCCCGCGGGCCUGCUACUGCUGCUGUGCCUGCUCUGGCCGAGGGGGGCACGCGGCGGUUACCACGAGAAAAAGCUGCUGCACCACCUACUGGACCAUUACAACGUGCUGGAGCGGCCCGUGGUCAACGAGAGCGACCCGCUGCAGCUCUCCUUCGGCCUCACGCUCAUGCAGAUCAUUGACGUGGACGAGAAGAACCAGCUAUUAAUAACAAACAUCUGGCUUAAACUAGAGUGGAAUGACAUGAACUUAAGAUGGAACACAUCGGACUUCGGCGGGGUUAAAGAUUUAAGAGUACCGCCCCAUAGGUUAUGGAAACCAGACGUCCUUAUGUACAACAGUGCGGACGAAGGGUUCGACAGCACAUACCCGACGAACGUGGUGGUGCGGAACAACGGUUCGUGCCUAUACGUGCCACCUGGCAUUUUCAAAAGCACCUGCAAAAUAGACAUCACCUGGUUUCCCUUCGAUGACCAACGCUGCGAGAUGAAGUUUGGCAGCUGGACUUAUGAUGGACAUCAGUUGGAUCUACAAUUACAAGACGAAGGGGGUGGAGAUAUUAGCAGUUUUGUCACUAAUGGCGAAUGGGAACUAAUAGGGGUCCCUGGCAAGCGCAACGAGAUCUACUACAACUGCUGUCCGGAGCCGUACAUCGAUAUCACGUUUGCGGUAGUGAUUCGUCGGAAAACUCUUUACUACUUCUUCAACCUGAUCGUGCCCUGCGUGCUCAUCGCCUCAAUGGCUUUACUUGGGUUUACGCUACCACCAGAUUCAGGCGAAAAGUUGUCUUUAGGUGUGACAAUUCUACUAUCGCUGACGGUGUUCCUAAACAUGGUAGCAGAGACGAUGCCGGCGACUUCAGACGCAGUCCCACUGUUGGGCACGUACUUCAACUGCAUCAUGUUCAUGGUGGCUUCCUCCGUCGUGUCCACUAUACUCAUCCUAAAUUAUCAUCACAGACACUCCGAUACUCACGAAAUGAGUGAAUGGAUACGAUGUGUGUUCCUGUACUGGUUGCCCUGGAUCCUGCGCAUGUCCCGACCAGGCUCGGCGACGACGCCACCGCCAGCACGAGCGCCGCCGCCGCCAGACCUGGAGCUGCGCGAGCGUUCUUCCAAGUCGCUUCUAGCAAAUGUGCUCGACAUCGACGACGACUUCCGCCAUGCGCAAUCGCAGCAGCCGCCCUGCUGCCGAUACUACAGAGGGGGUGAGGAGAGUGGAGCGGGGCUGGCUGCUCACAGUUGUUUCGGCGUCGACUACGAGCUCUCGCUUAUACUCAAAGAGCUUCGAGUCAUCACAGAUCAGAUGCGCAAGGACGACGAAGAUGCGGACAUUUCGCGCGACUGGAAGUUCGCCGCCAUGGUCGUGGACAGACUGUGCCUUAUUAUCUUUACCCUGUUCACAAUCAUUGCCACCCUAGCCGUGCUGCUUUCGGCGCCACACAUCAUGGUGUCGUAG